GCUAUUGGUAGCAUUGCAUAGUGACAAUUUGAAAAACGUGUCAACUGUCAGGAUUGCCUUUGUAGAGUUGUUUUCGUGAAUUACGUUACAAAUAUCUACCGGAACAAUGGAUGAUAUAAUGGCUUUAAAAACUAAGCACAUGAAAAUUACAGAUUCACAGAUGAAAAAGUUAUUACAAGAAAAAAUUAAGUUAAUGGAUCAUGUUAAAACCAAACAUGAUGAACAUUCUAGCGAAGAUGAAACGAGACUCAAAGAACUAAUGUCAGAAGUAUCCUCUAUGAGAAAAACACUUGAAUUUGAAAAGCAAACAUUGGAAUACAAGCAUCUCGAUUUGUCUAAACAUUUAGAGUACAAAAAAGAUUUAGAAGCAGAAAAGAACAAAUUUUUACAAGAAAAUCAAUCGUUAGAAUUACAAAGAAAUAAGCUUAAAGUCUGCAAACAAAAUACAAAGGAUCAAGAUCUGUUGGAUAAUGGAAGAAGAAAGUAUAUGUUAUAUAAAGAAUUGACUAGAAUACGAUGGGAUUACGAAGAUCUUAAAGAGAAUGUAAAGGGAUAUGUGUCAAAUAAAAGAGAUUACAUUCAUCAUUUUUCUUACAAAAAUGAGAUUACUAAGGAAUUGACUGACCUUUUGUGGAAAGAAAUAUAUAAAUCUACUAUUUCUAAAGAAAAUCAAGAUCCAUGUAAUAAAGACUGUAUAAUAGAAAAUAAAUAACAAAUGUAUGUUUUAUAUCUGUACACAACUUUACAAAUACAUCAAGUAUACACAAUUCCUUGGUUAUAUUUUUACAACAUUGUACCAUAUUUAAUGUAUAAUUAUAAGUUUCAAAUAUUUAUAAAUUCGUGUAUCAAUUUCUCUGUUUAUUAUUCUUAUCACCUUAUUCUUAUCCUUAAAAAUUUCAGAUUUAUGCUUCCUCCCCAAUUAUAUUUUUAGUCUUCCUAUAAAUGAUGUAACAAGUACCCAAACACAAUUUCCAAUAAUUCGAAAGAGCAAAGUAUCGAGAAGAAACUUUACUCUUUAAUCGUACAAAAAUAUUAAAUCUGAAAUCUUAAAGAAAUAAUUCAAAUAACACACCGAUCAUUGAUAUUGCAAAUUUUCGAAUUUGCGCGCCUUUAGUUCCUAGCGUACUUUCUGUAAAAAUGUCGCUUUAUGCAACGACAGGAACGUCUGCUCGGAGUUCUUAACCUCUAUUAUUAGUCGUGUGUUACACGAAUAAGUGUAUUCGAAUAUCUACUUUUGGUUACUGAAAUUAUCACGAUAUAUUGACAACUGGUAACCAAUUAAUGGACGCAUAUUAAGCUUAAGCAACUGUGUACAUAUUUGGAAGAGAGAAAUACGAUCGUCAAUU